AUGAAUAAUACAACGUUAAUAUCCUUACAAGAAACAAUACAAAUGAAUUUAACAGAUGCAUAUGAUACUUCUGGCGCUAUUAUUUUUAUUGUUGUUGUUGUUAUUUGGUAUUCAUUAAGUAUUGUACUUUUAUUGAGAAUAAACACGAUAACAUCUUCUGUUGUUAUUGAACAUUCAUCAAAUCAUUCGACUAAAGAGUUUAAUAGAAGUUUUCGUGAAAAAAGAGAUAGAAAACUAAUAUUAGAAGAAUUAGCUGAUAAAGAAAACCGUGAUAAAUUAUGGGAUAUUUAUUUUGGUACAUCAGAUGAUAUAAAUAAUAAAAUUACUCAUAUAGAACCAUCUCGUAUACGUAAUAUUCAACGACGAUUAGAAAUAAUGGCUCAAGAUAGUCGAGAUUAUAAUGAGAGAAUUCAAUUUUUACAUGGUCAUCGUAAUUUGGAUUCUAAAUAUUUCUCGUCAAGUCGUGAUAACUCUUCACCGAAUAGUGGAUUACGUAUUCGACAUCAUUCAUUAACAGAUCGUCGAACACUUGAAGAAUGGAAAGCGAAUAUUGAUGAUGUCAAAAUAUAUGACAAUUAUCCAUUAACUAUUCAAAGAUUACUUAUUCGACGACAUCUACGACGACAAGGUCUUAAUUCAAACGUUGGAUUUUUACGAAAAAAACGAUCAAUUUCAUAA